GGAAACUUCUAGAUUGAGUGACUUUUCCAGCCAGUAUGCUCACCAUGAGGCUUAUUUUUAGCAAUUUGCUUCUGUGUCUUGCUCUCGGACCCUGUUUCAAGUCCACUGAUGCACAAGAGACAACAAUAGAGACAGAUGCAAACAUCGCCAUCACAUUACCAAACAAUGACACUGUGGAGUCAAAGUUAAGUUCUGAAAUCACCAUCACCACACCUGAAAAUACAAUUACUCUACUACAGGCAGGAACGGAUCUGCAUAAUCCAGAAACCACACUUGUUAAUCAAGUCAGCACCAUGCUUGAGGAACCAGCAUUUGAGAGUACUCCACCACUCAGUACUGAGAUCGAACAAACAUCACCAGAAUCUGUUCCUGAAACAACAACAGUACAAACAGAGCAGACCACAGUGACUACCCCUACUGUGCCUGUUAAUGUGGAAACAAUAGUGACUGAACAAAUAACUUCAGACGCCCCAAGCACAAGUCAAUAUGAAACAACUGUUGGCCACACAGCAGCUGUGGCCAUGACCACUGAUUCAACAGAAGCCCUCGAUCCCACAUCCUUCCUGACUGAAUCCCCAGCAGACUGGUCUGAGUCUCCGUCCAUCAUCUCCAACCCUGUGGACACCAGCACUGAAACCUCCACUACAAGUCUAACAUCAACUUCUCAGCUCCCUCAAAAUACUGCUGCACCCGUGCACCCGUACUCGAAGUUUGAUGAAGAAUCAGUCUCCACCCAUUUCACCCUCACCACCACCAGCGUAAUUAUCGAGGAAAGCAGUCUGCCCAUACAAACCAGCUGGUUAUUAAUAAUGAUAGUGUGUGUGGCCAUUAUUUUUGCGCUAUGUGUGGGCAUGAUUCUGUUCGUCCAGUGGCGAAAGAAAAACGGCUCAAGGAAUUUCGGCCCCAUGUAUGUAAACGGACAAAGUAAACGGUCCAAGAAGAAAAAAGGGGGGGAGGAUGAUGCAUGGGCGGGGCCUGUCAAUCUGGAGGCGGGAGCUGAAUGUGAUGCUGAAGUACAGGAUGGUCUUCUGCCUAAUAAUGGGAAACCGGAUGGAGAUGACAUGAUGCUCAGCACAUUCGCCGCUCUGGAUGCAGGAGACAUGUCUAAUGGUGGAGUGGGUGGGGACGGUACCAAGGAGGUUAAGAAAUGGGAGGAGCAGGAGCCUUUGAUUUACAUAGAUGAGGAUGUGACUGAAGACAAGACAGGAAAAACACUGGCAGAGAACGAGAAACAGAAAGGAGAUGAAAAAAGUGAAGAGAAGGGGACGAAUGGAGGAGAAACGUUCUGUCUCACCACAGCUGUUUAAAAGUCUUCUGUUGACAUUAAGGGAUUAAUAGGAAUGACUUCUUGAUUACAUAAUCUUGUAUUACGUAAUUUGUGUUUUACAAGGACUAAGUAAUAUAGUUUUUAUAUAUUAUCUGAUGAUUGCAAUUCAUUAUCAGCAAUGGUGCAACGUAUAAUGAUGCUCUAAAAUUCCUACUCAUUUUCCUCAGUUGUUUUAUACUUAAAAGUGUGGUAAUAUUAGCCAAAUUUCUGCAAAAUUUUGCCAGCAAAAUAUCCGUUGUCUACUGUCAAUAGUGUACUAGUGUAGUUGUGUGAAGCACAGGUCAUAGACGUUAACCUUCGAACCAAGGAGAGUUCUAUAAACAGCAAAAUCACAUGACCAACCAGUGGUGGAUAAAGAACUUGAAAGCCACACUUGAGUAAAAGUACAGAUCUCUUACCAGAAAAUGACUUUGGUAGAAGUUGAAGUCACCGUUUAGAAUAUUGCUUGAGUAAAAAUUUUAAAGUAUAGGAUAUUUAUUGUAGCCUACUUAAGUAUGAAAAGU